AUGACGACGAAAAAUAAUGGACGGGCUGCUGGAGACGGUUUGGAAAAUCUAGGUGUACCUGGGCAAGUUUUCCUCAGAGAUUCACUAACCAGUUGUACAGAUCCGCUUAGUGCUAUCGAGCAAUUCCAGAUUGAUAAUGGAAUUCUAUUGGCGUCUUUGAGACCUAUGUUACCACUGCUGGACCUUCACGGAGUUCGAAGGCUGGACUUUCACGCAUCGGUCCUCGAGGAGUUGAGAGAAAAGCUGGUGAAGCGGAUAAAUGAAAUCGGAACCGAGCGAGAGAAGAGUGGAAGUUCGGGAGACAAAAGACUUAAGGAUUUACUAUCGAAGAGUUUUCCAGCGAUUCGAGUUCCGGCUCUGAGGCCUGUGGUGAUGAGUAUUCUCAGAAAUACGCCGCAUAUUGACGAUAAGUAUCUACGGGUAUUAGUGAGAGAAAAAGAGUUGUACAAUAGUGCUGAGACUGAAGUAAAAAGACAGAUUUGGAAGGAUAAUCAGAGCCUCUUUGGUGAUGAAGUAUCACCCUUGUUCAGUAAAUAUAUUAUUGAAAAAGAGCAAGUGCUCUUUGAUCACGGAAAUUUAAAUUCGUUGUUUUUUUCACCUUCGCCUAAAGUAAGGCGGCAGGGUGAAGUCGUCCAGAAGUUAGCACACAUGAUUGGUACAAGUGUGAAACUUUAUGAUAUGGUUCUGCAGUUUUUGAGGACAUUAUUUUUGAGAACUAAAAAUAUUCAUUAUUGUACACUGCGUGCUGAGCUACUGAUGGCUCUUCAUGAUUUAGAAGUCCAAGAAAUUAUUUCUGUUGAUCCUUGUCAUAAAUUUACUUGGUGUCUAGAUGCAUUAAACUUCCUUGCGAGUAGCGCAAUCAAAAUAGCUCUUCAUUUAAUAAACGGAGAAUCUCUACCACGAGACAACGCAGUAUUGGUUCUGCUUCUCAGAAUGUUGGCACUUGGAUUAUCAGCUUGGCAAAUGAUCGACUCUCAAGACUUCAAAGAACCCAAACUAGACAGCCAAGUAGUCACGAAAUUUUUACCCGCUUUGAUGUCGCUGAUGGUUGACGAUCAAAUUAGACAAUUGAACUGUAAAUUACCACCAGAUGAACGAGAGAGUGCGAUAGCGAUUAUAGAACACUCGGGACCGCCUCCAGAUGCGUGUCAAGCUUACGCUCAACUGUCUGGAGUGGCUGCCGUUCUGUCUAUGUACUAUACACUUCAUGUCGGAGGAGCGACCGGAGGAUUUGGAGCAGCCUCUUCUGGCGGAGCUGGAGGCAUUGGUGGAGUCGGUACCGGUGCUGGUAAAUCCAGGAGCGAUUCUCGAGGGCUCAUGAGAGUUUUAUCAAUUCUUCCAAACUGCCAAGGACACCGUGCCUUUGAAGAUCCUUUCCUUCAUACACUUGUUUCUCUGCUAAUUCUGAAUAUGGCUGAUGAGUUUUCCAACGAGUCGUUUUGUACUGUAAUUUUUGAUGAAUUUUUCCUCGCUGGAUUAGGGAGGGACAAUGUUACGAGGCAUUUACUUAAAUUACUUUGGUAUAUUUACCCAAAACUUCCUACUGCUAGAUUGCAUUCUUUGAUGAAAGGUCUCCAACCCACUAAUCAGAAUUGGCUCAAUUUACGUAGCCAUAGAUUUUCGACCGGAGGAUUUGGAGCAGCCUCUUCUGGCGGAGCUGGAGGCAUUGGUGGAGUCGGUACCGGUGCUGGUAAAUCCAGGAGCGAUUCUCGAGGGCUCAUGAGAGUUUUAUCAAUUCUUCCAAACUGCCAAGGACACCGUGCCUUUGAAGAUCCUUUCCUUCAUACACUUGUUUCUCUGCUAAUUCUGAAUAUGGCUGAUGAGUUUUCCAACGAGUCGUUUUGUACUGUAAUUUUUGAUGAAUUUUUCCUCGCUGGAUUAGGGAGGGACAAUGUUACGAGGCAUUUACUUAAAUUACUUUGGUAUAUUUACCCAAAACUUCCUACUGCUAGAUUGCAUUCUUUGAUGAAAGGUCUCCAACCCACUAAUCAGCACAAUGAAGCUGUACAUACUUUGUUUGAAGCUCUCAGAGAAAAAAUUGGUAGUCGAACGAUGGAAGAAGCUACAUUGGGACAAGAUACCAUGGGAAUGGAUUGUUCAGCAUCACCUCUAGGAGUAUCAGUGCCUACAUAA